AUGAACAACAGCAAACUUAUCCGAGAAGAAUAUUGUCAAAAAUAUCUCGAAGUUGCUUAUCAAAACUGUCUUUCCAUGCUUGAUCGCAAUGACCUAACGGAAAUUAAUUUAUUCUAUAAAAUUCCAUCUCUUAAUUAUUGUAAGGGAAAAAUAGAAAGUAUCGAAGAGUUAAGGGAAAAAGUUACAGAGGCUUAUAAUACUUUGAAAGGUCCUCAAAAAAGAAAGGAAUAUGAAUUUGAAAUUUUUGGCAUCUUUUGUCAUGAAUAUCCCGAAGACGAAGUUGCUGACCAAAAAUUUAAAGACCGAGCAAUUCAACAAGAAGAACUUGAGGAAAAGUUUGAAUUAGAAAGCAACUCUUACUGA